UCAAAAUUUUGAAUGCAAAAAAACUCACAGCAGAUGGGAUUUUAGAAGGAAGAUAUACAGAAAUACCUUCUGGCUGAAGCAACAGGAUCUACAGUUCUAGUGGGAAUGGCAACCGAAGCCGGUGUUAAAGAUCCCAUAACCGCUACUAUAAAUAAGGUGGAAGACAAAGAGAUCAUAAGUGACCUCACCAACACAAUCAUAAAUAAAAUUGUCACAGAAGAAAAGGAAAAGGUUGAAUCAUGGACUAGCCAACCUUCUGAAACUGUAACAGUUUUUCCAAGGACAGAGGAAGGUCAAGUAAUAAAUGUCGUUGAGAAUGAAAAGGUGGAGAUUGAUGAUGUGGGUCACACUGGGUCAACUGUGGGUGAACCUUUUUUGCAGCCACCCCCAGUUGUCACUGGUUUGCUGAAAAAAGAUACCGGUGAAAUUCAUUGGAGUCUGAAACAAGGAACACAUAGCUUGCAGGAGGAAUAUGAUGGUAUAUCAAAUGAUGGCAUCAUGUCUGUAGGGGAUGGAAAAACUGAAACAUGGAGGCAGGAGGAGAACUCAGGGGAAGGGGAGAUUCUCGUGCAAGGAAAUGAACCAACUGAAGAAAUUAUUGAAAGUUCGAAAACUGGAGCUGCACAACAGACUCAGGAGAUUAUUGAAAGUCCGUAUGCAGAAAUAAAUACCAACACGGAGAAGGAAGAAUCAGUUGAUCACUCAAUAGAAGUCAUUGCUGAAGCAAGCAGGAUCAACAACAAAAUUACUGAUGACAUAAACAAGAUCCCUCCGGAAGAGCAAGAUAGUCUACCAACAGCUAAUAUGGAUGAGAAGGCUAGGAUUGAACUUACUCAUUUCCCUAAUGAGGAAGAAGUACAACUAGAGGGUGUAGACCAUGAUAAAGUUCCCACAAACUCUAAGGGGCAAGCUGAUGAGACAUUUGAAGUUCAUCAAGAAGAGAAGCAUGGGCAGGUGAAUAACGAAGCUGACACAGGUCCAGAGGGAACCGAGAAAAUAGAGAUGACACCAUCAACAAAAGCUACUGUAUAUGGAUUGAAUGAAGACCCAGAGCAACAAGAGAAAGCUCCUAAUACAGAAAUUGAAACUACAACAGUAGGUAAGCUCCAGAUCUUGAGUUCUUACAUAUCCUUAAUGCUAGUCAUUUAAUGCCAAGGGUAAAAUACGGAUGUCAAAAUAUUUAUGGAAGUUUACAAUAAUUAUGUUUAUCUUAGAAUUCCAUCUACUAGAAUUAGAUUGACUUGUUAUCUAUAAUACCCUGUGUAAUGUGAACAUAAAAUUUAGUUAUUGAUGAAUUAUGAAUUGAAUGUUUUAAUACUGAAG